GCGCCCGCGUGGCCCGCGCCACGACCAGCGGCCCGCAGCCCAGCCCGGUGGUGCCGGGCGGGGGCCUCCCGCGCUCGCAUCUGACGUGCCGCUCAAGUCGGACGGCGAGGGGCGGCGGCGUGAGAGGCGGAGCCAAAGAUGCGUCUCUGGUGGACUUUGACCGUCGGGUUCUGGAGCGUCUGCGGCGAGCUGCCGUUCAUCGCCGACAACAACGCCGCCAUGCUGGUCAACUGGAACUCAGUUGACGGGAACAAGAAGCUGUACGCUAUCUACGACACAAGCGUCAACGAGCCCGGCAACAUGUCUUUUGUCAAGGAGACCGUGGACAAGCUGCUGAAGGGGUAUGACAUCCGGCUGAGACCGGACUUUGGGGCUACCCCGGUUGCUGUUGGCAUGAGCAUAGACGUGGCCAGCAUAGACAUGGUGUCAGAGGUCAACAUGGACUACACGCUGACCAUGUACUUCCAGCAGUACUGGAGGGACAAGCGCCUGGCCUACCUGGGCAUCCCUCUCAACCUCACCCUGGACAACCGUGUGGCCGACCAGCUGUGGGUGCCCGACACCUACUUCCUCAACGACAAGAAGUCCUUCGUGCACGGCGUCACCGUCAAGAACCGCAUGAUCCGACUGCACCCCGACGGCACCGUCCUCUACGGCCUGCGAAUCACCACCACAGCCGCCUGCAUGAUGGACCUGAGGAGAUACCCGCUGGACGAGCAGAACUGCACGCUGGAGAUCGAGAGCUACGGCUACACGACCGACGACAUCGAGUUCUACUGGAAAGGAGGCGACACGGCGGUGACGGGCGUGACGCGAAUUGAGCUCCCGCAAUUCUCCAUCGUGGACUACAAGCUGGUCUCCAAGAACGUGGUCUUCUCCACCGGUGCCUACCCUCGCCUGUCGCUCAGCUUCAAGCUGAGGAGAAACAUCGGCUACUUCAUCCUGCAGACGUACAUGCCCUCCACCCUCAUCACCAUCCUGUCCUGGGUCUCCUUCUGGAUCAACUACGACGCCUCGGCCGCCAGAGUAGCUUUAGGCAUCACCACCGUGCUCACCAUGACUACCAUCAACACCCACCUGAGGGAGACGCUACCCAAGAUUCCCUACGUGAAAGCCAUCGACGUCUACCUGAUGGGAUGCUUCGUCUUCGUCUUCUUGGCGCUGCUGGAGUACGCCUUCGUCAACUACAUCUUCUUCGGGCGAGGGCCGCAGAUCCAGAAGAGGCUGGCCGAGAAGGCGCUGAAGGCCAACAACGACCGCGCCAACUUCGACCGGCCCAUGGCCGACUCCGAGGGCAACAUCCUGCUGACCACCUUGGAGAUCCACAACGAGGUGGGAGGUAACGAGGUCACCACCACGUUGUGUGAGACCACACAUAACUCCGCCCCCUUGGCGCUGGACAACUCCUCGGGCGUCCAGCACAGGAGGAGCAGCGGGUGGUCGGGCCGCCGCAGCCUGGACAAGACCGCCCAGCUCAGGAGGAGCCGACUGAGGCGGCGCUCGUCACAGCUCAAGAUCAAAAUCCCCGACCUGACGGACGUGAACACAAUCGACCGCUGGUCUCGCUUCAUCUUCCCUUUCAGCUUCUCCUUCUUCAACGUCGUCUACUGGCUUUAUUACGUCAACUAACUUGUGACUCUUUGUGCUGUUGUGUCGCAAUCAAGCUUUGUCUCUUUUAGAACCCGCCUGUGACCUCGUGUCCUGUCCAGUGUUGGAACACGCCCACAAUGUUGGAACACGCCCACAAUGUUGGAACACACCCACAAUGUUGCGACACGUCCACAACGUUGGAACACGCCCACAAUGUUGGAACACGCCAACAAAUGUUGCGACACGCCCACAAUGUUGUAACACGUCCACAACGUUGGAGCACACCAAAAAAUGUGACACGCCCACAAGGUUGGAACACGCCCACAAUGUUGGGACACGCCAACAAAUGUUGCGACAUGCCCACAAUGUUGUAACACGUCCACAACGUUGGAACACGCCAACAAAUGUUGUGACACGCCCACAACGUUGGAACACGCCCACAAAUGUUGCGACACGCCCACAAUGUUGGAACACGCCCACAACGUUGGAACACGCCCACAACGUUGGAACACGCCAACAAAUGUUGUGACACGCCCACAACGUUGGAACACGCCCACAAAUGUUGCGACACGCCCAAAAUGUUUGAACACACCCACAAUGUUGGAACACGCCCACAAUGUUGGA